AUGGUUAGAGAAGUAAAGCUAAUCAAGGAUAUUCAAGCUCAACAAAGAGGUUGGACAAUAAAAGUGGUGAUUAUUGAGAAAGCAAUGCCACGAGUUUCUAAAUCAAGUCCAAACAAAUAUCAAAGGUUAAUCUUAGCUGAUGAAGAAGGUAAUAAGAUCCAGGCCACAAUAUAUGGUGGAGACAUCCACAUCUUCCGAGACACACUCAUAAUUGGGAAAAAUUAUUAUAUUUCUAAUGCUUGGGUUAAAGAAAUUGGUGCACAGUAUCAGAUUGUUCAAAAUAAUUUGCAAUGGACUAUAAAUGGUCGAACCAUUGUGGAAGAAGUGACUGGAGAUUCAGAGAUAAUUGUGCCUGCUGUUUAUAGCUUUGUCCCGUUCUCACGACUACACACUUAUAUUGACUCUCUUUCCCACGUCGGUAUAUGUGAUUGGAAUAGCGAUUGA